AUGGCGACAAAUUCUAAAACUGAUGAAAAUCAAUUAUUAACAACCAAUGUUGAAAAUCAUCUACGUUCAAUAGUUUAUAAUCCAUCAUUAAACUCGUUAAUUUAUCUUAAUGAUAAACAAGAAAUAAUCGUUCGUAGUGCUGAUCAAUUAUCAACAUUAUUUCAUCGUACAUUACCAUUAAAUAAUACAAAUGAAUUUUAUGAAAUAAUAUCAUGUCAUGAUAAAUUUCUUUUGUUAACAUCAACACAUAUUUAUGUCAGACAAUUAUAUCAAGGUCUUUAUUUUCUUGACUCGAUUAUUGGGUCAAUAAAUGAUGAAAAUUGUCAUGUUUUUAUUGAGUUAACAUAUGGUGAUGCACAAUUAUUAUUACAAUUAUUAUCAACAUUAGAUUUAUCAAUAUCAAAUCAUAUCGGAGAAUUUAAUGAUGUAUUAAAAAAGAAAUUUGAUGAACAUACAUCAUCAUCAUUAUGGAAUUUAAUACAAUUUUCAUAUGAUUGUCUUAAUGCAAUUAAAAUUUGUUUUGAUAUAUUACGUUUACAUAAACAACAAAUACAACAAAAUCAAAAUACUCAUUCACCAUUACCUGGUAUUGUUGUUGUUGGUCUUUUACUUGAUUAUUUAACAAGAUAUUAUCAUCAUAAAAAAUCAUUAACAACAAAUACAGAUGAACAAAUUGGUUCAACAUUAGAAACAUCAUCAUCACCUUCAUCAUCAUCAUCAACAACAACCACAACAACAACAACAACAACAACAACAUCGUCGGGAAGCUUUUUUAAUGCAGGUGGACGUACUACACGUGAACGUUUAAUGUUUAGUGAAGCAACACGAUAUAGAACCUUUACACUUUGGCCACAUGCAGCUUAUCGAUGGCUUUCACCAGUAAGUCAAACUGUAUUUCAUAUUUGA